CUAGAAAGGAGUAAAGACAGGCGGUAUGCAGAGAGGUACGGAGCCAGCUAAUCACUGACUGAGAUGUGGUUAUAUGACAUGAGGCACUGAAAAUCGAAAGCAUUCAGUGCACUGUGCAGGUGAAGCUGGAGCUGGGUCAUCGUGCUCAGCUGAGGAAAAAACCCACCACAGAAGGUUUUACUCACGACUGGAUGGUGUUUGUCCGUGGUCCAGACCAGUAUGACAUACAGCAUUUUGUGGAAAAGGUGGUGUUCAGGUUGCAUGAUAGCUUUAAUAGACCCAAGAGAGUGUGCAAGGAACCUCCAUACAAAGUGGAAGAAUCUGGUUAUGCUGGCUUCAUUCUUCCAAUUGAGGUGUACUUUAAAAAUAAGGAGGAACCUAAAAAAGUUUGUUUUACCUAUGAUCUCUUCCUAAACUUGGAAGGAAAUCCACCUGUAAAUCACCUGCGCUGUGAGAAAUUGACCUUCAACAAUCCUACGAAGGAGUUCCGUAAGAAGUUGCUCAAAGCGGGUGGGGUAAUGGUAAUGCCAGAGGGCGCAGAAACAGUUUCCAGGCCAAGUCCAGACUAUCCUAUGCUACCCACAAUACCCCUCUCUGCAUUUUCUGACCCAAAAAAGACUAAACCUUCUCAUGGCUCAAAGGAUGGAAACAAAGACAGCGGCAAGAUAUCAAAACCCCAUAAGGUAACAAAAGAGCAUCGUGAACGUCCAAGAAAAGAUUCAGAAAGCAAAAGCAAAGAAAGUGAACAAAAUAAACAAGUCAAGGAAUCUUCCUCUUCAUCACGCAAACCAGUUGAGAACAAGCCACUCAAGGAAGAAAAAGCCCCUCUUAAAGCUGCAUUCAAGGAACAAAAGCUAAACCUGAAAGAACCUAAAUUGGAAAACAUGUCUCCUAAAGGGGGUCCACCUGAUGUCAAGUCAUCCAACAAGAGGCCACCCAACACAGACUCCCCCAAAUCAAGUAGCAAGAAGCCAAAAAAAGGCAUUUCCAAAGGACUUUCCGUUUCUGGAACUUCGCCUAGAGGUCCCCCAAAUCCUACUACGACCUCUUCUUCUUCAUAUCCAGAGAAGAAGCCAGUAAAGGAAAAGCCUGGCGGUAAACCAGAGAGACCCAAAACUGAGAAUGAAGCAAAAAAGCCCACUGAGGCAGAGGAUUCAGACUCUGAUGAAGAAGGUUCCUCAAAGUCAGAGUCUGUCCCCUCUAGCCCUUCUAAUAGCAGCUCCAGUUCUGACUCCACUUCAGAAUCUGACUUUGAACCUCCUCAGAACCACAGUCAGGGACCCCUUCGAUCAAUGGUGGAGGAUCUCCAGUCAGAAGAGUCUGAUGAUGACAGUUCUUGUGGAGAUGAGGCAGUUUUAAAGAACAAGAUGUCAAAUAGAGAUUCCAGAAUGAGUCUUAGUGACAGUGACAGUGAUAGCAGUGAUGACUCUUGUGCACCUAGCCGAGGUCCAGCCCCUGUACAGAAGAUGCCGCCAGCUAAUAACAAGAAUACUGGCCGGAGAAGUCCCGAGCCUUGCACUAAAUCAGACAAGAUGCUAAAGAAAGGGGUGUAUGACAAGGCUUACACAGAUGAACUGGUUGAUUUACACAGAAGGUUGAUGGCUCUUCGAGAGAGGAAUGUCCUACAGCAGAUUGUCAACCUCAUUGAAGAAACUGGCCACUUUAAUGUCACCAACACAACUUUUGACUUUGAUUUAUUUUCUUUGGAUGAAACUACAGUCCGCAAGUUGCAGAGCUACCUAGAGUCUGGAGCCACAUGACCACAAAGAAGAGGGGGAAAGAAGGAGAGGGAUACACUGUGCAUAGGGCAGAUUGCACUCAGACAUUCUCCUCCCCAGUCCUCCUUGAACUAGUCCUGAUACCCAGUGAAGAGAGCCUUAGGGAUCAACCAGCCAUUUCUAACCAGUAGGAUCUCUCCCACCGAGCCACCUUGGCUUUUCCAGUCAUGUCUUCACUCCUGUGUGCAGCAUUUUAUCAAAUGGGAUUUUAUAAAUCCCUACUCCCACAGAGAGCAUAUGGGUUAAUGCAAACUUUUAAGCUUAUACUACUUUCAAAAUACAGAUAUAAAGCCACAUUGCAGAAACUGCCUUCCCUACCACCUUAUGCAGGGAUUUUUUUUUUUUUUUGUUUGGGGGGUAAAUCAUAAAAAUCUUGCACAGUUACUGAUAAGGUUAUUAGAUAAGGUUGGAAAAAAAUACCCAUGGCCAUCAUGUUCAUCUGUGAAAUAUGACACACAUGUAAGCAUGCAUAUUUUUCAUGCAUGCUAUACAGACACUCCUUUUGCAUUACUAUCGUCCAGCCUAUGGUCAAAUGCAUCCCAUGUGUUAUGAUACAGGUAUGUCUGUAUUUUGAGACUUUUUUGAGGGGAAAAAAUGAAGGUUUCUAAUAGGUAAUGGAUGCACUAGAUUGGAGAUAUGAAACACUUUAUGCCUCCUUGUGCCACAGACUUCCCAUCUCGCUCUUCUUCUCAUCAAGUGAGAGACAAUAUUUAGGUGGCCAGUGAGAGAUGAAACAUCGUUUUCGAAACAUUAUGGAAUUUCAAAUCUGUAAGCUGUAUAGUAUAUAUAUUAUAUAUAUAUAUGUAUGUAUUUUAUGUAUAAGAGGGCCCGAAGCGGCAUAUGUUUUCAUUUUUUUGUUUCCGAGGGAUGGGGGGUGGGACAAGGAUUCUUUUUUCUUAUUUUUAAGUAUGUUCACUUUUGAAUAAUGCUCAAAUUUUAUCUACUAUUUUUUAUUUCAAGGAGCUGAAGAUGUGAAAUGCGAAGAGUAGGAGGUAACUGUGGAGGUUUUAGUGUUUUUAAGAUACGACCAUCAUUGAAGCUGACAUUUUAUAUGUUUUCCCUUUACCAGCUGUAUGAAUGAAAUUGCUCCUAUAUCCUAUCAGCUGGUGUUAAGGUAUAGGGGAUGUAUUUUGCUCACAGUGGGGCCAGAUUAAAAGUGCGGGUUUGGAUAGUAAUUAAAUAGAUAGGAUUUUGCUGGUUGCCCUGGUGCCAGCUUCAUGAUGUUACAUUUCUGGCCUCCAAAAAUUACUCAGCUUGAUGGCAAUGGAGCGCUGCAGGGCCAUUCAUCAGUUGUGAAGCCACAACAGAACGGUUAGGAUAUACCGCACUACAGUGCUUUUUAUUGAACAGACAGACUUCAUUCCCAACACACUUAUUCAUUAUUCUCUUCCAGUUGUGCACAAACGUCUUUACAUAUAAGUGCAAAACACUAAAGGAACUCUUUUUGUAUUGCUCUUUCUACUUCCUCCCCACACAAACUCUCUGUGGCCCCCAUCAGUCCCUGCAAGGACCAAAUUCAAAUGUAUUUAAGGAGCCAAAACGCUUUGGCUUGUCGCCUUUUUAUAACCUGUUCACGUCAAUGGCUUUUUCCAUGUUCAUCUGUAACUGUAAAAGUGUUUUCAGAUGUUAACAUCCCUGUUUUUUAUGUCAGUUUACACAGAGCUUUCCCUUGCUUGAAGGAAACACUAGAGUUCUACUUCUCCCUAUCACUAGAGCAUUUGAAAGGGAUUCCCUCCAUUGGUCUUUCUAAUGGCCGUAGUGAUAGCGCAGUUUGGACAUCGUUUGUAUUUGUGAAAAAAGACUGAUAGAAACAAACGGUCUGGAUCUUCCUUAUGGUGUUAAGUUCCUUUUCACUUGAUAUCAGUAUUUAUUGUGAACCACAAUGAGAACUUGUCUUCUUGUAGAGGUUUUCCAGGCUUGUCAUAGAUGCGUAGGGGAACAUGUCUUGGCUGCAAGCACUUGCAUCUGUUAUAUGCAGUAUGAAUGGAAUGAUAUCAGUGCAGUACAACGGGGGGAAAUUCGGCAGUGUUUAAACGAAAGGGAAUAUACACAAUGUAAACUGCAUUUAUCUUCCUGUAAAUGACAAUAUGUGUGUUCAUACUAUACUGUGUGAAUAGAACAUUCCUCCUGUUCAUAUUAGCAUUAAUAACUGAACCCUACUCAUAGGGCAGAGACAAUAUACCAUUAGAUUUCUGCCCACCACAACUGAAAAUAGCUCAACAAACUGACACAUACUGGUUUUGGGGUAUUUUCCAGAGAUGUGAUGAUUUGAUUGUCCAUGUUUGUGGUCUUUACUAUUAGCUGCUGUUCUUUUGCUUUAUAGGCAAAAUUCCUCAGUCUAGUCAAGCAACAUGGCAGUUUGGUUCCUAGGUGUGAAUGCAAAUAUGUAGUGAUGGAAUGUUCUCUGCACACUGUAAGCUGCACCCUUGCGCAUUAAUGACUCUGAGUUAGGGUACUUUCUUGGGGUUCGCUUAACGGUUUCGGAUCAGGUAAAUCCGAGUGAUUAGAAUCCAAUGUACAUAAAGCUGAAAAGCAAAGAAAUGGUACAGAAAGAAUAUUUAAAGAUACAUGUCAUUUCACUGCCAAGUCAUUGGUCACAAAAGACAUGGAGUCCAUGAAUAUUGCACUCCUAAAUAUCAGUAGUUGCUGGAUUAUCUGCCUGCUGAACUCCUAGGCCAAGCUCAGUAUUGUUAGCAGCAGUAUAAAGGUGGGGGGGGGGGGGGGGUGGCAUCAUGGGAUUUUUCAUUUAAAGUCACAUUAGUAUCAGCUACUUAUAGUAUCUGGUGCCGAUACAGCAAAAUCAUGGUAAUGUUCCUAAAAUGAUAUGCUUUUAAACAUUUUUAACUUGGUAGUUGUGAUUUAGGCUGUGUUAGAAAUAUAUUGGGCGGCCAGUGCUGCCGCAGAAAAGGGUUUAGUGUAACCCCGCAACCCUGCCCAAUGGUAUUCCCCCCAGAAUAUCAGCAAGUGAACUUCCAUGGGUCUGUAAUCCAUUCUUGGAACAGUUUCAUUGUCCAGAAAGUAUUUAUUAUUGUAUUAUGCAAAAUGUGUCAUGAAACCCCAAUCUACAUUUUGAAACUGUAUUGCUAUCAACGAAAGAUAUUUGGUCCUGUAUUUUUAUUUUAAUAUUGGGAAUUUGCAAGAGUUUUUAUAGGAAAAAUGCAAAAUAAAGACGGAGAAAUUCUAUUCUGG